AUGUUUUUCUCAUGUUCUCUUCUUUCUUGUGUGUGUGGGUUUUUUUUGUUUUGUUUUGUUUUGUUUUUUUGUUUUUGUUUUUGUAGAAACAUCAACCAGGUGAAAGCAGGGAAUGAGACACAAAUUUCAGAAUUUCUUCUUCUAGGAUUUUCAGAAAAACAAGAAUUGCAGCCAUUCCUCUUUGGGCUGUUCCUGUCCAUGUACCUGGUCACCGUGCUUGGGAACCUGCUCAUCAUCCUGGCCACAAUCUCAGACUCCCACCUCCACACCCCCAUGUACUUCUUCCUCUCCAACCUGUCCUUGGUAGACAUCUGUUUUGCCUCCACCACGGUCCCAAAGAUGUUGGUGAACAUCCAGACACAGAGCAAAGUCAUCACCUACGCAGGCUGCAUCACCCAGAUGUGCUUCUUUGUACUCUUUAUAGUGUUGGAUAGCUUACUCCUGACCGUGAUGGCCUAUGACCGGUUUGUGGCCAUCUGUCACCCCCUACACUACACGGUCAUCAUGAACCCUCAGCUCUGUGGACUGCUGAUUCUGGUGUCCUGGAUCACGAGUGUCCUAAACUCCAUGCUACAAAGCUUAAUGAUGUUGCAGUUGUCCUUCUGCGCAGACUUGGAAAUCCCUCACUUUUUCUGUGAACUUAAUGAGAUGAUCCACCUUGCCUGUUUUGACACCUUUGUGAACGACAUGGUGAUGUAUUUUGCAGCUGUGCUGCUGGACGGUGGUCCUCUUAUUGGGAUCCUUUAUUCUUACUGUAGAAUAGUUUCCUCCAUAUGUGCAAUCUCGUCGACUCAGGGGAAGUACAAGGCAUUUUCCACCUGUGCAUCUCACCUCUUGGUUGUCUCCAUAUUUUAUGGUACGGGGCUAGGAGUGUACCUUAGCUCUACUAUGACCCAAAACUCACACUCAACUGCUAUCGCCUCAGUGAUGUACACUGUGGUCACCCCCAUGCUCAACCCCUUCAUUUACAGUCUGAGGAAUAAAGACAUAAAGGGGGCUUUGACACAAUUCUUCAGAGGGAAACAAUAA